AUGUCCUGUGCCAAGCGACAGAGGACCGAUUCCAUAGGCGGGGACAUGGCGGCCAACCGCAGCCGGGAGCACAUGGGCCCACUCGCCUUAACACCGAGGAAUGGUCGCCGUGGCGAGAGCGCCGUAGGAGGAACGCUCAAGAUGAACAUUGUUUCCUGCCUGAAGCCGAACGAAGCUGACAUUCUGGCUAUGCUGCUCGAGGCUGUGAAGUAUUCCAAAACGGGGACGGUAGUGAGAGUUGCAGGGGGCUGGGUGCGGGACAAGCUCCUGGGUCUCGAGAAUGAAGACAUCGAUAUUGCACUCGACAACUGCACCGGCGUGGCGUUCGCUGAGACGGUGAACGCCUAUUUGAAAUCCCAGGGGCGGGACGAGGGCAAGGUUGCCGUGAUCGAGGCGAACCCAGAGCAGUCCAAGCACCUGGAAACUGCGCGGAUGAAAAUAAGGGGGGUGUGGGUCGACUUGGUCAACCUGCGAACCGAGGUGUACAGAUCAGAUAGUCGCAUCCCUGAAGCGUCGUUGGGUACCGCGGAAGAAGACGCCCUUCGCCGUGAUUUCACCCUCAAUGCCCUGUUCUACAACGUCAACGAAGGGAAGGUCGAAGACAAGACAGGGAGGGGUGUGGACGACCUUCGUGACGGCAUCAUCCGCACCCCCCUGUCGCCGAUGAUCACCUUCCGGGACGACCCUCUCAGGGUGCUCCGCGCGGUGCGCUUUGCGGCACGCUUCGGGUUCGCCUUGCACGAGGAUCUGCGCGCCGCGGCCCGGGACAGCGAGAUCCAGGCAGCCUUGGGCACGAAAGUCAGUCGAGAGCGGGUGGGGACGGAACUGUGCGGAAUGAUAACGGGAAAGAUGGCCCAGCCGGCGCUUGCCCUCUCCUUGUUGCAAGACCUAGGUCUCGCCGCUGCUGUGUACGCUCCCCCGGAACACCUGGUUCCACCGCCUGUCGACGGAGGUAUUGACUGGGAGCGUGGGGCAGCGGUCGCUCGUGCCGCUGCCCGCCUUUUGGAGUUCCGCUCGAGCGUGACGGAGGCGGGAGAGGAGGAAGUUACGGACGGUGCACCACCGCCGGCAGCGGCAGCGGCGGUGGAAACAGUAGCGCCAGCGGAAGGGGCCGCAGCAGAAGCGGGUCUUGCAGCAGGCGCGGGCUCGAGUUGUGCCCCCAGCGCCGGUGGGGCUCAACCAGGCGGGAAAGCAAGCGCGCCAGGGAAAGAACCGGCUAACAUGUCACCGCUGGGGGGGGGGGGGGAGGGUCGGGUGAGCAUGGGGGGUAAGCCGGGUUCUCGCGAUGGAAAAAAGGAGGCACCGACGACUCUCGUGCGAGAGCUCUUCCUGUGCGCCGCGCUGCUGCCGCUGGCGGGGAUGAAACACAAGGCCAAGAAGGGGAAACUUGUUUCCGCAGCCCAUUCCGUCGUCGCUGACUCCCUCAAGCUCAAGUCCAAGGAAGCGAAGAACGUGGAAGAUAUUCUAGAUCUCCUCAAGACUUUCCGCCCGCUGGCAGAUGCUUACGUGGCUUAUCCUACCUCGCCCGGUACGAGCGCGGUGGCAACGAAGAUGGAGGUAGAGGUAGACGGGACAGACCGGGAAGGGAGAGCAACGUUCUCGAGACUUUCGGUUGGGCUCGCCGUGAGACAGGCGAAACAGCUGUGGCCGACGUGCGUGGACCUGUGCUGCGCCGUGGAAAUGUGCGAGCCUCAACAGCAGGCGCCACCGUCUCCAUCGCCGCCACCACCACCAACAACGACAAAGACAACCACAGGCACAAUAUUUGCAUGCCCUGCUGACCACCUAGAGCAAACUGUUGAAGCCGCCGCCGUCACCAGCUCGGCAGGAAGCGGGCCACCACCAGCGGCGGGUGGAGAAGAAGAUGAACCUUUUCGGGAGGGGGGCAAGGAGCGAGCCGUGAUUUACAAGUACGCUGGGUUGCGGAAAGCUGUGGCGGGCAUGGGCCUGGAGAGGGCCUGGGACAUGGUGCCUCUGGCUCGUGGCAAUGAGUUGAUGGCCGAGCUGCAACUGCCAAAGGGGCCCGAAAUCGGCAAACAAAUGGCCAAACAGGCUUCCUGGCAGCUGGAGCACCCAGAGGGUACUCGGGAGCAGUGCGUUGCCUUCUUGCGUGCAACCUUGUGAAGGGAAAAACGUGCAAGAUACGACGGUGCAGCGCUGCUUCUACUGCUGUUGCUGAGGGCGGUAGGGUUCAGUCAGUCAAACCCCUGUGUGUUUCAUAGCAAGGGGUCUAGCAAGGUAAACGGGGCGCCGUGAUUCAUACAGUGUACACGCAUGCAUGCGUAUGCGUUCCUCGCUUUCAGGUUGCCAGCAGUUGGUGCGUGGUGUGGAAUUCCUGGGGGGUACAAUGUACUCCACCGGGGAGAUAGAUGUACUCCGAACGGCUCUCUGAAAUCGUGUUUCACAUGGCAUUAGGAGAAGUCCGGUGUUGAGGCCGUGCAUGCGUCCCGCUUGCGUUGGUUUGUUCUGUGCGUUGCAGUGCACCGCAUAUAUAUGGGGGUCGGUUAUUUGUGUUGCCGACGACCCUAGAUGAGGCGGAGCUCUUCAGUCGGAGAUGAGACUGCAUGCAUAGGGCAGAGUCAUUAAUAACUACCGUGGCGGUCAAGAAAUUGGAUGGAAAGAGGUGCAAGAACUCGGUGGUGAUGCUGGCCGAUCUGUAGCCUUCGAUUUGAUGCAUCUGAUGUGCGCACACAAACCCACGCUGUCGCUCCAGUGGUUAAAAACUCGCAACCUGCAGUCGUGAGUCCGAAUCUCAGCGCCGUCAAACGAAUCAGAAUCUUCCCUCAAAAGCAGUCCUACCUAACUGGAUAUUGUAGCGAUUGAUUCGUCGUGUGGUGUGCACAACGGAAUCAAUCACGAUUAUCGAGGAAAAGGAACGGCUGAACACUUGCCGCGACAUGGCAAAAACAAGCAAGUCCUCCUCUGUGACAUCCCUUCUGUAGAAUGUUACCCAGGCUGGCAUGUCCAACAAAAGUCAUGACGAGGGCAAACGAGAGGCGAAAAAAAUGCUCGAUCGACGUCCAGAAGAAGCGGGGUGACUUGCACUUGCACCACACAUGUUUCAUCGAUCAGCCGGUUGGGUAGCUAGCGUGGUUUACGUUGUGUUGAGCGUGCAAGGGUUUUCGGGACACUCAAUCUGUCUCGUAUGUUUUGUCCCACAUAUCCCAACGUGGGAGGAUUCUGUAAAAGUCCAUUUCUAGGGUGCUUUCAUGGCGGCUGAACGUUUUGGGGGGAACUUUCUACGAGCAUCUUGGGGACACAACGUUUUGUUUGGCCCCCCGUUAAUGGAUUUGACGUAUGAAUACGAGCGGGGAAGUUUUCUGCGUCUUUUGUCAAACCAGGUGAAAUCUUCACGCAGUGGCGUUCUCGAGAAUCUCUAUUAGGUUUUGAGUGGGGGCAGAUAGAAUCACCGAUUUUGUGUUGAUGUGUGGCGCCGUAGUCUUCAUAAACGGAUGGUGAGAAAACC